AUGAGUCUUUUCCUUCGUAUCGUCGACGCUGUACGAGAGCACGAUAACUAUUUCGUACAAAAGGUGGAUGGUGUCGGUCGGCUUGGACUAUCUACUUUACAAAAAGUAACAACAGCAUUUCGCAUGUUGGCAUAUGGUGCACCAGCAGAUAGUACUGACGAAUAUGUAAGGAUUGGUGAGUCAACUGUAAUUGAAUGUUUGAAGAGAUUUUGCAAAGCAAUUGUAGAAGUGUAUGGAGAUGAAUAUCUUAGAUUCCCUAAUACCGACGAUGUUGCAAGACUGUUACAAAAAGGCGAAGAGCGAGGUUUCCCAGGAAUGUUGGGAAGUCUAGACUAUAUGCAUUGGGAAUGGAAAAAUUGUCCAACAGCAUGGGCGAGACAAUACUCAGGACGUCACGGAGGCCCAACCAUUAUUAUUGAGGCAGUAGCAUCGUAUGACCUAUGGAUAUGCCAUGCAUUCUUUGGCUUGCCAGGUUCUAAUAACGAUAUUAAUGUAUUACAAGCAUGUAAUUUGUUUGACAACCUAACACAAGGUAUUACUCAUCCUGCUCAUUAUACAAUUCAAGGAAAGAAUUAUGAUGUCAGUUAUUAUUUAGCAAAUGACAUAUACCCGAAAUGGCCAACCCUUGUUCAAACCAUUUCCAAAUCCGAAGAUAAAAAGAAACAAUAUUUUGCAAUGAUGCAAGAAGCUUGUCGAAAAGAUGUGGAGCGAGCGUUUGGUGUUCUCCAGUCAAGAUUUGUUAUAAUCAAGGGCCCUGCACGGUUUUGGGAUAAACGAACUUUGCAUGAUAUCAUGACCACUUGCAUAAUAAUGCACAACAUGAUUAUUGAGGAUGAACGUGAUGAGCAAGAAGAUAUUGUCGUUUCUACUCCACCAUCAAUUUCAAAUGUUGAAGACAUAGGGAUGAACGAUGUCGAACGGUUCCGACAAUUCCUGGCCCGUCAUAAGGAAUUCAAAGACAAAGAAGCACACUUCGCACUUCGAAAUGCAUUAAUUGAACAUUUGUAG